GCCCAACACCAGACCAAGAGAUGAGAGCCCGGCUCAUCAGUUGGAACUAUGUUCCUACCUAAAUAGUUGUCUUGUGGAGUAACGCCCAAGCGGAACGCAAGAUAAUGAAAUAUGGAUCUUGGCCCACUAGAGGUUUCGCCGGAAAUCUCCGAAUCAAUAUCGAGGGUUAUUGAUUUGUUAAAAAUAGUGGGAGAUAAUUAAUUAAAGGCCUAAUUAAUUAUUAAAGAUGAUAGAUAACCUAGUUUGCAAAAUUUUCUGUAGAUGGCAAACAACAACAACCCUUUCAACCUGCGUUACAUCCUGGAAAAUAACAAGUUAUCCGGGACCAACUUUCUUGACUGGGAGAUGAACCUCCGAAUCGUUCUUAACUGUGAGAGGAAACUCUACAUCCUCGAAACGGAUCCUCCCAUGACCCCUGAUGCUAAUGCUCGUGCGUCCGAACUCACUUCCUUCAAGAAGUAUGAGGACGACGCGCGAGAUGAAAAGUGUAUCAUUAUGGCCAGUAUGACCGCGGAGCUCCAAAGGCUCCACGCGGACAUGGAAGUGCGUCCUAUGAUACAAUGCUUAAGAGACCUUUACCACGGUCAACCCCAAAACUCAGGUAUUUACGUUAUCGAAGUCAAUAUGUCUGAUAUCAUAUCACCUCUUGGGUGAUGGAUACUGGAUGUGGUUCUCACAUCUGUACUUCUAUGCAGAACUUGCAUGAAUGUAGACAAUUGACGGAGGGAGAGAUACAACUAAAAGUCGGCAAUGGCGCACUCGUCUAUGCAUUGGCCGUCGGAACCUAUAGUUUAUCUCUACCUAGUGGUCUAAUAUUGCAUUUGAAUAAUUGUCUCUUUGUACCUAGCAUGAGCAGAAACAUCAUUUCUGUAUCCUGCCUUGACAAAGCAGGAUUUUCAUUUGUUGUAAAAGACAAAACUCUUUCUAUCUUUAGAAAUGAUAUAUUUUAUGCAAGUGCAAAAAUAACCAACGGUCUCUAUGUCCUUGACAUGGAUACCACAAUAUGUAACGUAGAUGUUAAGAGAAACAAACCUAACAGUUUGAAUCUCACGUACCUUUGGCAUUGUCGUUUGGGCCACAUUAACGAGAAACGCAUAUCUAAGUUACAUCGUUCUGGUGUACUUGAUUUAUUUGACUUCCAGUCAUAUGAUCAUGAGAUUUUAUCCCAACUCACUCCUCCGGGGACACCUCAGUUAAAUGGAGUGUCUGAGAGGAGAAAUCGGACUUUGCUAGACAUGGUCCGGAGCAUGAUUAGUCUGACAACAUUGCCAGAAUCAUUUUGGGGAUAUGCAUUGAAAACAGCAGCACACACACUCAACAGAGUUCCAUCUAAAGCUAUAGAGAGCACACCAUACGAACUAUGGCGUGGGAGAAAACCGAGU